AUGAAUGCUCGAGAAGCUUUUCUCGCUCAAGAAGAUCCAACUGGAGAUAAUGUUGAAUCUCUAAUUAAAAAACAUGAAGAUUUUGAUAAAGCAAUUGCAUCGCAACAAGAAAAAUUAAAUAAUUUGGAUCAAUUAGCAAAACAAUUAGUGGCUUCUGAACAUUAUGAAAAGCAUGCAAUUAAUACAAAACGUGAACAAAUCUUUGAUCGUUGGGACAGACUUAAAGAACGUUUAACUGAAAAACGUUCCAAACUAGGCGAAUCUCAGACACUAUUACAAUUUUAUCGUGAUGUCGAUGAAGUUGAAAAUUGGAUAUCUGAAAAGUUUCAAAUUGCGCAGGAAGUUGAUUAUUGUGAUCCUACAAAUAUUCAACAAAAACAUCAAAAACAACAAGCAUUUGAAGCUGAACUUUCCGCUAAUGCUGAGCGUAUUGCUACUAUAAUUUCUGCCGGUCAAAAUUUAAUAAGUUCCGCAAAAUGUGGUGGAGGAGAGGAUGCCGUCUCUCAAUGUUUAAAUGCUUUAAAUGAUCAGUGGGAAUUGUUGGUUAAAACGAGUACAGAGAAAAGUGCAAGAUUGAAAGAGGCUAAUAAACAAAAAACAUUUAUUGAAUCAAUGAAGGAUUUGGAAUUUUGGCUUGGAGAGGUUGAGACACUUUUGAGUAGCAAAGAUACAGACUGUGAUUUGCCUUCUAUUGAGAAUUUAUUAAAGAAGCAUCAAUUGUUAGAAGCUGAUAUUAAUGCACAUGCUGAUCGGGUUGCUAAUGUAAAUGGACAGACUGAGGCAUUAAUGGAGGCUGACCAAUUUUAUAAAGAUUCUAUCGAAACACGAAGGCAAGGAAUUACUGAAAGAUAUGCAAAUGUUAAAGAUAUGGCAAAACAAAGAAGAGAAAAUUUAAAUAAAGCAAUUACUGUUCAUCAAUUACUUAUAGAUAUUGAUGAUGAAGAAUCUUGGAUUAAGUUAAAGAAAUUACUUGUUAGCAGCGAUGAUUAUGGGCAUGAUUUGACAGGAGUACAGAAUUUGAAUGGAAAACACCGUAGACUUGAUAUUGAAUUAGCUAGCCAGCUAGCCACCAAGCACAAGUACAAAAUCUUAGAUCUAAAGCAGUUGAGCUUCUACAAGCGAGUGAAGUAA